AAUAUCGCAAAUGUGAUGUAUAUCGAUAGGUUAUCAUUUAUACACAUUUCACCUUGUAAGACGUCGAUAAAUGACGACAAUGAUUUCAUUUAAUCUAUGGAACUUGUUGCCGAAUGAACAUUUGAAUAACCUCUCAAAACAGUUUUUAAUAGAUGUUGUAACCGAUCCUAACGUAUUUUACGCUGCUUCCACAUUGCUAUUUUCGUUCUCGUUCGUCCUUAUAUUUGCAUACUAUCGCAUCCGAGGAAUGGCUGAGGAAUAUGCCAAUAUUGUUAGGGUCAAGAGAAAAUUAGAAGCUAUUGCUAAAGAACGUAUUAAGCGAUAUCUUCUUCAGUCGGCUCAAUUUUACUAUUAAUCACU